CCUGUGCGCGCGGGCUCUCGCAGCGGCUCAACCCCUCCUCCUCUUCCUCCUCCUCCUCCUCCUCCUCUAAAGAUGUCGCAUGAGCUUCUCCUCUCGCCGCGCUCUUUCUUUUCUUCUUUCUUUUCUCUUCCUCCCGCUGUCCGCACCACUUAACCGGAUACGGUCACGUUAGCAGCCGGGAGCAGCCCGGUCCUGGUCUUCCCCCCUCCCCACAGCGGAGGUGUUUAAACCCUCACCCGGCGCAUCCUCUCUCUCUCUGUCUCUCUGUCUGUCUCUCUCUCUCCCUCUCUCUCUCUCUCUGUCUCUCUGUCUCUCUCUCUCUCUCCUCCACCGCCGCAGAACUCCGCCGACCGACCGUCAGGUGACCGCGCGGAGCGGAAUAUUCAUCAGCACCGUCGUCGUCUUUCAUCUCUCCACUUCUUUGGACUCCAGGAGACCGGAGCCUCCGCAGCCUGCCCCCCCUGUGUCCUCUCAUCCGGUCUGGGACAUUCUCCGCUCCGCUGGCCGCAGAUUAACGGGGAUUCUGCCUCCCCGCCUGCGCGCUGAUGCUGAUGUCCUUGAGCUCGGCCUGCACGGUCCUGGUGCUGCAGCAGUAGCUACCUCUGAACUGGAUCCACUUCCUGUUUUUUGGUUUAUCAGCCGCCUUCACCCUGCUCGCCCCUCUCUCCACCUGUCCAUCGUCCCUCCAUCGCUCCGUCUGUGAGUCCGUCAGCCCGUCCGUCUGCCCGUCCAUGGACUGGCCGUGACCCUGGAGGGAGGGGGACAGAAACGAGGAAAGAGCGGAGUCGCAAAGGAGACGACAGCAGAGAACGCUGGAUUUAUUCAGACACCUGGCUUUUGAAAAGCCCCUGCUCGCCGUCCGUCAUCCCCCUCACCCUCCUCCUCCUCCUGUGAUGGAGAAAUAAAGGAGCCGAGGGAGGGAAGGCCCUGACACUGAGGAGGAGCUAAAUAAACUCCCCUUCAUUGCCCUUUAAAACAAUCAAGGAAGGGUUCAGGUGUAGGGAUCACCGUACACUUUAAAGAAGAAAGAAGGAGCAGAGUUUAUGAUCAGCCCUGCAGCGAGCACACGCAGGGGGCACUGAGUUCAGGACAGACUACGAGGAGAGAGGAGGACCACAACACACAAAAAACCUUUCUGACAUGUCAACGACAGCCACCAUGGGAGAAAUGGCAAACAGCGCAGUGGAGUUUUAUCCCAAAGGGAAUCGGGGCGGGAGGGCAGAUGGCAGCCAAGCAGGCGGAGACUUCGGGGUGACGGUGGAGGAGCUCAGGGACCUGAUGGAGCUCCGAGGAGCCGACGCCAUACAGAAGAUCCAGGAAAACUACGGAGACAGCGAGGGACUCUGCCAGAGACUACAGUCCAGCACCACGGAAGGUCUCAGCGGGGACCCUGCAGAUUUGGAGCGUCGGUGCCAAAAGUACGGUCAGAACUUCAUCCCCCCGAAGAAAGCAAAGACGUUCCUGGAGCUGGUGUGGGAGGCGUUACAGGACGUCACACUUAUCAUCCUGGAGGCCGCCGCCAUCAUCUCCCUCGGCCUGUCGUUGUACCAGCCUCCUGGGGAGGAUGGCGAAUCGUGUGGGGAAGCGGCGGGGGGAGAGGAGGAAGGCGAGGGCGACACGGGCUGGAUCGAGGGCGCGGCCAUCCUGCUGUCGGUGGUGUGCGUCGUCCUGGUGACGGCGUUCAACGACUGGUCCAAAGAGAAGCAGUUCCGGGGUCUGCAGAGCCGCAUUGAGCAGGAGCAGAGGUUCACCGUCGUGCGGAAAGGAAACGUCAUCCAGAUCCCCGUGGCGGACAUGGUGGUGGGGGACAUGGCGCAGAUCAAAUACGGUGACCUGCUGCCGGCUGACGGGAUCUUAAUCCAGGGAAACGACCUGAAGAUAGACGAGAGCUCGCUGACAGGAGAGUCCGACCACGUAGGCAAAUCUGUGGAUAAAGACCCCAUGCUGCUCUCAGGUACCCACGUGAUGGAGGGCUCGGGCAGGAUGCUGGUGACGGCGGUGGGCGUGAACUCUCAGACAGGAAUCAUCUUCACCCUGCUGGGCGCUGGAGAGUUGGAGGAAGAGGGGAAGGAUAAGAAAGAGGACAGUACUCAGUUGCCCACAUCCACUGAAGCCAGUUUCAGCACAGUGACCAAUGGUAAACAGCCUGAUGGAGCUGUGGAGAACAAUCAGAACAAAGCCAAGAAGCAGGAUGGGGGUGUUGCCAUGGAGAUGCAGCCUCUGAAGAGCGCAGAGGGAGGCGAGGUGGAGGACCGAGAGAAGAAGAAGACCAACAUCCCGAAGAAAGAGAAGAGCGUGCUGCAGGGCAAACUCACCAAGCUCGCCGUUCAGAUCGGCAAAGCAGGUUUGGUGAUGUCGGCCAUCACCGUCAUCAUCCUGGUGCUGUACUUCGUCAUCAACACGUUCGUGGUUGAAGGUCGCUCGUGGCAGCCCGAGUGCACUCCGGUCUACGUUCAGUAUUUUGUCAAGUUCUUCAUCAUCGGCGUCACUGUGCUGGUCGUGGCCGUCCCCGAGGGUCUACCGCUCGCCGUCACCAUCUCUCUCGCUUACUCUGUCAAGAAAAUGAUGAAGGACAACAACCUCGUACGCCACUUGGACGCGUGUGAGACGAUGGGAAACGCCACGGCCAUCUGCUCCGACAAGACGGGCACGCUCACCACCAACCGCAUGACGGUGGUGCAGUCGUUCCUCGGUGACGUGCACCACCGUGUGGUCCCGGACCCCGGACAGGUCAACCCCCGCACUCUGGAUCUGUUAGUCAACGCUAUCGCUAUCAACAGCGCCUACACCUCCAAGAUCCUGCCGCCCGAUGUGGAGGGGGGUCUGGCCAAGCAGGUGGGCAACAAGACGGAGUGCGGUCUGCUGGGGUUUAUUUUAGACCUGCAGCAUGACUACAGCCCCGUCAGGGAGCAGAUCCCAGAGGAGAGACUGUACAAGGUGUACACGUUUAACUCUGUGCGUAAAUCCAUGAGCACGGUGAUCAAGCUGCCCGACGGAUCGUUCCGCCUCUACAGCAAAGGAGCCUCCGAGAUCCUGCUGAAGAAGUGUUCCUACAUCCUGGACACCAACGGAGAGCCGCGCAGCUUCCGCCCUCGUGACAGAGACGAGAUGGUUAAACAGGUGAUAGAGCCGAUGGCGUGCGAAGGCCUGAGGACCAUCUGCAUCGCGUUCCGUGACCUGCCGGCCAAUCCGGAGCCGGACUGGGAGAGCGAGGCGGAGAUAGUGACGGAGCUGACGUGCAUCACCGUGGUGGGGAUCGAGGACCCCGUGCGCCCUGAGGUUCCAGACGCCAUCCGUAAGUGUCAGCGUGCGGGCAUCACGGUGCGGAUGGUGACCGGCGAUAACAUCAACACGGCGAGGGCCAUCGCCGCCAAAUGUGGCAUCAUCCAUCCAGGAGACGACUUCAUCUGUCUGGAGGGAAAAGACUUCAACCGACGAAUCAGGAACGAGAAAGGAGAGAUCGAGCAGGAACGUAUCGAUAAGAUCUGGCCGAAGCUGCGAGUGCUGGCUCGCUCCUCGCCGACAGACAAACACACGCUGGUCAAAGGAAUCAUCGACAGCACGGUGCUGGAGCAGAGGCAGGUCGUCGCGGUAACAGGAGAUGGAACCAAUGACGGGCCGGCGUUAAAGAAGGCCGAUGUGGGCUUCGCCAUGGGUAUCGCUGGGACGGACGUGGCGAAGGAGGCGUCUGACAUCAUCCUGACAGACGAUAACUUCAGCAGCAUCGUGAAGGCCGUGAUGUGGGGACGCAACGUCUACGACAGCAUCUCCAAGUUCCUGCAGUUCCAGCUCACCGUCAACGUGGUCGCCGUGAUCGUGGCGUUCACCGGGGCGUGCAUCACUCAGGACUCGCCCCUGAAGGCGGUGCAGAUGCUGUGGGUGAACCUCAUCAUGGACACUUUCGCCUCGCUCGCCCUCGCCACUGAGCCCCCCACGGAGGACCUGUUGCUACGGAAACCGUACGGACGCAACAACCCGCUCAUCUCUCUGACCAUGAUGAAGAACAUUCUGGGACACGGAGUUUACCAGCUCGUCAUCAUCUUCACCCUGCUCUUCAUAGGCGAGCACAUAUUUAACAUCGACAGUGGUCGUAACGCUCCUCUUCACUCCCCUCCGUCUGAGCACUACACCAUCAUCUUCAACACCUUCGUGCUCAUGCAGCUUUUUAACGAGAUCAACGCUCGUAAGAUUCACGGAGAGAGGAACGUCUUCGAUGGAAUAUUCGCCAACCCCAUCUUCUGCUCCAUCGUCCUGGGAACCUUUGCUGUGCAGAUCGUGAUCGUGCAGUGGGGAGGGAAGCCCUUCAGCUGUGCCCCUCUCAACGUGGAGCAGUGGCUCUGGUGUCUGUUUGUGGGAGUUGGAGAGCUGCUCUGGGGACAGGUGAUCGCCACGGUGCCGACGGAGCGGCUGCCGUGCCUGAAGGAGGCGGGGCUUGGCCUGGAGCCCAGCGAUGAGGAAGGGGAGGAGCUCGCUGAGGACGAGGAGGAGAUUGACUGCGCUGAGAGAGAGCUGCGCCGUGGACAGAUCCUCUGGUUCAGAGGCCUGAACCGCAUCCAGACCCAGAUGCGGGUGGUGAAAGCGUUCCGUAGUUCGCUGUACGAGGGUCGGGAGAAACCGGAAUCCCGCAACUCCAUCCACAACUUCAUGGCCCACCCGGAGUUCCUCAUCAACGACCUCAUCCACAACAUCCCGCUGAUCGACGACACCGACGUGGACGACGAAUCAGAGCUCAGCAGAUACCAGCACCUGCACCCGGCCCUCCGCAAGCCGCCGCCCCCUCCCACCCAGCCGCCGCCCCCCACCCGCAACCGCCCCACCCGCCCUUACCGCCAGUACAGCCUCCCGGUGACCCCGUGCAACCGAAACAACAACAACAACAGCAGCAGCAGCAGCAGCAGUUCAACCGUCUCCCACGGCAACAAAAAGAGCAACAACAACAACCGGAGCCCCCGCCACCACCCCCGCCACCAUCACCACCACAACCAUCAUGGCAGGGACAGGCCGCUGAAACCCCCCGCCCCCCACCUGGCCCACCUGUACUGCGUGGAGACCUCCUUAUAACUGAGCUGAACGUGGAGAGGGGGGGUGGGGGGGGCAGAGGACUCACACAUGACAUUUUCAUCGACCCUCCCUACGACCGGCGAGCAGGAGGAGCGGAGGAAGAGGGAGGAGCAGGAGGGAGUGGACAAUGUCUGCCUGCAGCUCCCUGAGGACACUGAGACCCCCCCCCCCCCCUUUGCCCCUCCUCCAGCCCACUCAGUCCGACCCCCUACACCCUCAGACCCCGCCCACCCCACCUUGCAUACUCAUCACACACACACACACACAGGUCUGCUCUCGCUGUGUUGCCCAGAGCGACAGCAGGUGGGUGGGGGGGGGGGGGCAGAAAACCAAAAACACAACACCACCCCUCAGAAUAACCGGACGAUCACUCUGUUUCUAUUGGUGUUCAUUGUCAAUGUUGUGGUCCCCCCUUCCCUCCCACACACACACACACACACACAUGCAUUAACCUGCCAUCCACCCCCCACCCCCACCACCUUCAACCUGCAGCUGCUUCAUCCGAGCUUAAACUUCACUUCAUCCUCUCGCUGGUUUAAACAUGACGGUGCUCAUUCGUUUGUUUUUCUCUUUUCAAUCCGUGUGUGUGUGUUUGUGUGUGUCUGUGUUUCUGUGUGUCUGUGUGUGUGUUUGUGUGUGUGUUUCUGUGUUUGUGUUUGUGUGUGUGUGUGAAAACACGGCUGCAAAAAUCAACCAAAUGAAGGGGGGCAUAUAUACUCAUAUAUAUGAUUUGAAUGUUUGGAUCAUCACCGCUCUCUCUUGAGACACACCUGAGCGUGUGUGUGUGUGUGUGUGUGUCAGCUGUUUUUGGAAACAAGCUGAAUGCUUGUGAAGCAUUAACCCUUUAAACGCCAUCAGACACACGAUGCACAGGCGAUGGCCCUUUAAGACUGACCUGCAAUCACCCCCCCCCCUCCCUCCAUCAGGUCGUCUCCGUCAGUAUUUAACACAAACACGUUGUUAAUUCUGUCUGAUGUUCGCUUCAGUCGUUUUUUUACAGUUUGAUGAAGUCAUCAAACGCUCGUGCAUCAUCGUGUCCAACGCGUGGAGCGGCUCAGAUCCAUCAGGUACGACCUCUGACCUCUGAGACCUUCACAUCCCGUCAUGUGUCAAAGACAGCGCACACCUGACCAUCGUGAUGUCACGCCGCCGUCAUCACCUUAAAGCAACAGAGCUGACAUUUUGGAAAGUGUAUUUAUCGCCUUUCUUGCUGAAAUGUACACGAGAUAACGUGAACCUCGUUUUGACCUGCAGGAAACACGGUCAGCGCUGCAGCUUUAACAGAUCCAGCGCCGUCCAGGAAGUCAAUCCAGGAAGUUAAAUUUAAUGAUUUGACUCUGCUCGUUUUUCAUUGGACGUUAUGGAUCAGUUAAAGAUCAUGAGAGGAGCGUAACGUUGGGACAGAUGUAGCCCAAAGGCGCUCGGGAAAUGAACCAAAGUUUUGUCCCGUUUUCGGUCGUAAUGCUAAGCUAAGCCAGCUGAUUGGACAGAUAUGAGAGCGGGGUUGUUGUGAAACCAAAAUUUUAAAUUUUGAUAUAAAUCUAGUGAAAACCAAAUGAUACCCAUCGAGCACGCUGGCAACAUUUCUGUUGUAGUUUUGAUCAGCCUCUCUUUUACCCACCUGUCUUAUGAAACAGAUGUUUUUAAGUUUUUGAACUUUAGGAACUAUUGAUCAUUAAAUUACAGAUCGUAUCGUUUUAAAACUCCAGGUACGGACCUCAGAGCGACAUUGAUCUUCUGAAGUCGGAGAAUUAAAAUGUUUUUUGCCAAAAUGUUGGACUGUUGCUUUAAGACACAUCAUGAAGAAUCACACACACACACACACACACACACACACACACACUACAUGAGCACACCCCGAACUAAAGAAAUCUGACACGCCCAGGCGACGCCGUGUGCGACGCUGUGACAUCACACCCCGCCAACAUUCCAUGGAACAUUCCGAACAUUCCAAACAGCUGCAUCACAUUCCAGAGCGGCCGUGAGAGCGCCCUCCUGUGUCCCAUAAUGCACUCUGUGUGGGAGAACCGCUGACUUCAUGUUGCCUCGGAGCGUGACCCCUCCCCCCCCCCCUCCCCCUCCCGUUGACCUCCCCGAGUUAGCGUCUGGUCCGAGCACCGGAGGAAGGCGAGGGCAGACAAUAUGCAACAGACUGCCAUGUUACACCUGUGAGAACAGAACACCUGCGUCCUGACGUUCUGGUCCAGGACGCGUGCAGGCCUCUCUGGGAACAGCCCUACCUGUACAGAACUCUGUCUUCUUGAAUGCUCAUCAUCAUCGCCCCGCCCCCUGCCCUGCCCCCUGGGGGUGGGAGGAGGGGGGGGGCUAACAUUGUAUUGGUCUGUCUGUUUUGAAGCAUGCAUUUGGUAUCAUUAAUGUCACUCUUUAUGUGUUGGUAAAUCAUUUAGGCUACUGUCACUACUGUGUGCUAUGACCUCU